AACAGUGAACUUCUCUCUCUCUCUAAAUCACCGUCCAGAAGAAUGGAUCAGAAGAGCAAUGGCAAGAAGGAAGAACUGGAUGGUAGAAGCUUAAUAGACAUGGUGUUCUCUUGGUCUCUCCGGGAUGUUCUCAAUAAAGAUCUUCACAAAAACCAGGUGAACAAGAUUCCAGAGACAUUCUUUUCAAUGACACAUUACAUGAAGUCAUUCGUUCCUCCCUUAAUUGCGGAAGCACAUUUUGAUUUGCUUUCAAAUGUGAAAGGACUGUCUCGAGCACCUACUUGUAUGAUAUAUUCUGUUGAGAAAUCUAAAGAAUUUAAACCACCCAAAGACUUGUUCUAUGAAAUUACAUUGAAGCCGACUGCAGAUGCAAGAAAAGAUGUAGAAAAAUAUGAACCUGAGGUUGGUGAUCUUAUUGCCUUGACAAAUGUUAGACCAAAAUGCAUUGAUGAUUUGAACAGGCCGAGAAGAUUCUAUCUUAUAGCUUAUGUUCAUGGGGCAAAAAAUGAAACUUCUGAAAAGAUCCCGAUACUGGCAUCGAAGCACAUUUUGAUUGAACAAGACAUGUACAAGUUCAAGAAAGACACACCUUUUGCAGACAAGAAAGAAACAUUUUUUGCAGUUUAUCUUAUGAAUAUGACUACAAAUGUUCGUAUAUGGAAAGCGCUGAACCCAAAUCCGGAACGGGGGAACACAAACAUUAUUAAAACAGUACUGCAAGCCAAUUCAGCUGAUGAUGAAAAUUGUUUGACUUGCUUUUCUAAAGGAAAAGACAGUCCUGCCCCUUCUGAUCUACAGAACAUAAUAAGCUCUUACAAUCUAAAUGGCUCUCAAGAAGCUGCAGUUUUAAGCUGCAUUGGUAUGAGAGACUGCAAUCAUCAGAAUCCUGUCAAACUGAUAUGGGGCCCUCCAGGGACUGGGAAAACAAAGGCCGUUGGUGUCUUAUUACAUGCCCUCCUUAAAGUGAAGUGCAGAACAUUAACAUGUGCUCCAACUAACAUUGCGGUUUUGGAAGUAACAACACGGUUGCUAAGGUUGGUCAGGGAGUCGCUAGAGUAUGACACAUACGGGCUUGGAGAUAUAGUUUUAUUUGGGAAUGGUGAGCGGAUGAAGAUUGAUCAUCGUGAUGGUCUUCUUGAUGUAUUUCUUGACUAUCGUACUCAUGUGCUUGGGAAGUGCUUUGCUCCUCUAUCUGGCUGGAGAAAUGGCUUAGAAUCAAUGAUUUCUUUGCUUGAUGACCCGAAAUUGCAGUACGAAAUAUACUUGGAAAAAAGAAAGGAGGAAAACAAUAAAGGGGAUGAUGAGCUCAAAAAGGACGAUGAUGAUGAUCCUUUGACGUUUGAGGAGUUUUUAAAGAAGACAUUCUGUUCAAUUCAUGAGCAACUGAAGUUUUGUAUGGUUAAUUUGUAUACACACUUACCAACUUCUCUAAUACAGUUAGAGGUAGUGAAGAAAAUGAUUAGAGCUUUGGGUCUGCUCAAAUCUCUUGAAACUGUGUUGCAAGGUGUUGGUGUGGGUUGGUUUACAAAGUCGAGUUUGAGAGAAGAGUGCCUUCAUAUACUAAGACAUCUGGCAUCAUCUUUGACAUCCUAUGUUCCAAAUUUAAUGGAUAAUUAUUCAAUAAAAAACUUUUGCUUGGCAAAUGCAUGUCUAGUGUUUUGUACUGCAUCAAGCUCUUCUAAAUUACAUGCAGAAGGAAUUAUGCCAUUGGAAUUCCUAGUUAUAGAUGAAGCUGCUCAACUUAAAGAAUGUGAAUCAACUGUUCCUUUACAACUACCUGGUCUCCGCCAUGUUGCUCUCAUAGGCGAUGAAAGGCAGCUCCCUGCUAUGGUUAAAAGCGAGAUAUCCGAGAAGGCUGAAUUUGGAAGAAGUUUGUUCGAAAGAUUAGUCAUGUUGGGGCACAAGAAGCACCUUCUUGAUGUCCAGUACAGGAUGCAUCCAUCCAUCAGCUUAUUUCCAAACAGAGAGUUCUAUGACAAACAGAUUUCAGAUGCUCCAAAUGUUAAAGAAAUAGACUAUGAGAAGCGUUUCCUUCAGGGAAACAUGUACAGCUCCUACUCCUUUAUAAGCGUAGUUCAUGGAAAUGAGGAAUUUGGUCUCGGGCACAGUCCUAAGAAUAUGGUUGAGGCUGCUGUGGUCUCUGAGAUAGUUGACAAUCUUUUUAAACAAUUCCUUGACACAAAGAAGAAAGUCAGUAUAGGAGUGAUAUCACCGUAUAAGGCUCAAGUUUCUGUAAUUGAAGAGAGGGUCAGAAAAUACAGCAAGUCUGGUAGUGGCUUCAGUGUGAGUGUUCGCUCUGUUGAUGGGUUCCAAGGAGGUGAGGAUGAUGUAAUAAUUAUCUCUACUGUAAGAUGUAAUGGGAAUGGAUCAGUAGGUUUCCUUUCCAACCGACAAAGAGCAAAUGUGGCACUGACUCGAGCAAGGUAUUGCCUUUGGAUUUUGGGGGAUGGGGUGACUCUGCAAAAGAGUGACUCUGUUUGGAAAAAACUAGUUCUUAAUGCCAAGGAACGUGGGUGUUUCUAUGAGGCCAAUGAGGACAAGAGAUUGACUCAGGCAAUUAGUGAUGCCUUGGUGGAGCUUGAACAACUUGAUAUUUUACUCAAUAAUGACUCUCUACUGUUCAAAGAGGCUAAAUGGAAGGUUUUCUUCAACAUUGAUUUUCAGAAAUCUAUAGCGAGGACUAACAAUGUAGAGAUUCGUAAGGAAGUGAUUUCUCUUUUGGCAAAGCUUUCAAGUGGUUGGCGUGAGCCCAAUGAGGAGAGAAAAAUCAUUGUCCAUGAUGGGACUUGUUCUCAACUUUUAGAGACGUACAAGGUCGAUGGGCAGCUGAAUCUGGUCUGGACUGUAGAUAUUCUCAAGGAGGAUUCAUAUCACAUUCAGGUUAUGAGGGUUUGGGAUGUUGUGCCGUUUUCUGAUAUACCAAGACUAGCAAAGCAUCUUGACAUCUUAUUUGGGAGCUAUACAGUGAAUAAGAUGCAUCGCUGCAAACACAGAUGUGAUGAGGGGAACUUAGUUGUUCCAAUGACAUGGCCGGUAGACUCAAGUAGUUGUUUAGAACCUGAUAGUGUGUGGCACCUCACAAAACCGCUAUCCUCACUCAGUCUGAGGGAUGAGCCAGAAACAUCAACUGCAACUCCUAGAAAUCUUUUCAAGUCUAGAAUGAAGAAUAAAUGGGAAGAUGUUGACUUGAAGAAAAAGUCGGAAAGGUGGUAGAAUGACUGAUGAUCGAGAUGAUCAGUGAGGGGUUUUGCAAGUCUACUAAUUUGGGGAUCUUUGGAGCGGUUUUGAGAAGAGUCUAGCUAGAAGCACAUGAUAAAUUCCAGGAGCUUCUUUUGGUCCUCGUUUGACAUUGUCAGCAUGAUUUAUCUCAUGGCAUUGUAACUCGAGGUAUAUCACUCUUUAUAUAGGACGAUAUAUAAGAGCUAUAUAUAGUUUAUCUUAGCCUUG